CGGGGGCCGCUCCGCGACGCUGCGGACCGCGCUUCUCCUCUGAGCGGCGGCGCGCGCAGCUGUGGGGCGCCGGGGGCCAGCCCGUCCAUGACCAUGGGCGACAAGAAGAGCCCGACCAGGCCAAAAAGACAAGCGAAACCUGCCGCAGACGAAGGCUUUUGGGAUUGUAGCGUCUGCACCUUCAGGAACAGCGCCGAAGCCUUUAAAUGCAGCAUCUGCGAUGUGCGGAAAGGCACCUCCACCAGGAAACCUCGCAUCAAUUCUCAGCUGGUGGCACAGCAGGUGGCACAGCAGUAUGCCACUCCACCUCCCCCUAAGAAGGAGAAGAAGGAGAAAGUGGAAAAACCUGACAAAGAGAAACCUGAGAAAGACAAGGACAUUAGCCCCAGUGUCACCAAGAAAAACACCAACAAGAAAACAAAACCAAAGUCUGAUAUUCUGAAAGAUCCUCCUAGUGAAGCUAACAGUAUACAGUCGGCUAACGCUACAACAAAGACCAGCGAAACGAAUCACACCUCAAGACCCCGGCUGAAGAACGUGGACAGGAGCACCGCACAGCAGUUGGCCGUAACUGUGGGCAACGUCACAGUCAUUAUCACAGACUUUAAGGAAAAGACUCGAUCCUCCUCUACAUCCUCCUCCACAGUGACCUCCAGUGCAGGGUCAGAACAGCAGAACCAGAGCAGCUCGGGGUCAGAGAGCACAGACAAAGGCUCCUCCCGCUCCUCCACGCCAAAGGGCGAUAUGUCAGCAGUAAAUGAUGAAUCUUUCUGAAAUUGCACAUGGAAUUGUGAAACUAUGAAUCAGGGUAUGAGAUUCAAACCCUCCACCUGCCCAUGCUGCUUGCACCCUGGAGAGUCUUCUGUGGACGACCUUGUAGUGAUGCUACCAGGAGAGGUUCUGCUUGCCGUGGGCAUCUGGCUACCAAGGAAUUUCGUACCCUGACAGUUACUCUUGACACUUUUAUGUAUUCCAUUGUUUUAUAUGAUUUUCCUAACAAUCAUUUAUAAUUGGAUGUGCUCCUGAAUCUACUUUUUAUAUAAAAAAAAUCUGCUGUGCACAAUUUUCCAUGUACAUUACAACUGGUUUUCUGUUUCUGUUUUGUUGAAGAGGGUUGGGAGGGGGGAGGGAACUUUUAUUUAUUGUGUUCACAGACUCCAUCCUGUCAGCAUAUCCUCUUAAAUUUAGUUCUUUCUUCCAGCUAUACUCUGUACUAUCAGUUUUGAUAUAACUAUAUAUAUAAAUAUAAAAUUAUAUAUAAAGGGUUAUUUGAAACCAAUCCAUGGCAACGCUGGUGCUUGAUACACUGUGAAGUGAAUACAACAUUGAACAGUUGACACAGAUCUGGGACAGUCCCUUCUAUGAAAGUGCUGAAAUAUAAUUAAAAUCAGUCUUACAUGAAGUAUGUUCCAACCUACAUGGGAACUUGACUCUCUCAUCUGUCUUUAAAAGUACUGGAUGAUAUAAAAAAUAUAUUUUUUAAACAAUGUGAUCUCAAAUUUAAAGACUGCUCCAGAUAGCCUGCAUUUGCGAUGGUAUAAUUGACAAAUCACAGGUGGUUCAGUUGGAGGGCUUUGACCAUUGGAAGUAACAAAACUAGCUCCAGAAUGCCAAGUAUUCGUGUAAAUUACGGUCACAUGUUAACAUUACUGUUCUUAAGCACUCAUGAAAAUGUGGUGUUCUGUAUCUUGAAUUCCGGCCUUUCCCAGACCUCUGCUCAUGCCUGAGGCACAUCUAGCAACUGUCUGUUAGUCCUAGGGUUUGCAGUAGGUGCGUUUUUAACCCACACCAUCAGGGAGGCGGUCUACUUCCCCUGUGACAUUGCAGUGGUGGGUUUUGUGAUUGUGUUCUGUUUGCCACCCCUACCCCCAGCCCCCAAACCUU